AUGGCGCCAAGUACCCGGCUGGAGUCCAAAGUCCACAGUUGCUCAGAACUAGAGAAAGGGCAUAAGAAGUUGCUUGCCGUCAAGAGGGAAGGCAAUGACCCUGAUGAGUUUGACGCGAAGAUCAAGGAUCCCAUACAUGAAUAUGAAGCACAAGUAAAGGCUUUGAAAGAAAAGCAGAAAAAAGCUGCCGAGGAAGAGACCCAACCUGCAACGGAAGAAGAGCUGCACGAAAGGUUUCCGUCCAGGGGUCGUGCUUGUAAGUCCAAAGCUGCGCCCCCCAGUAAAGAUCCCAAAGGGGAUAAAAAAAAGGAUGUUGGGAAGAAGUCCAAUGGAGCUCAGAAGGAUUCGGAUGGUCCUAGUGUUGCUUUGAAAGCUGUUCCCAAACCCAAAGAGAAGAACACAAAGGCAGCUGAGGAGGCCCCUGAACCUUCCCAGCCAUCCAAGCGCCUUCGUAAGCCACCUGCUGAAGCUGCUGCAAAGAAAGGGUCGCCUGAUCCAGCUGCUGUGUUGGACGAGGAGAAAGCCAAGUUGAGGGCAGAGCUAGAGGUGUUGCAGAAGAAGCUUGAAGCUGCUGAAAAGAAAAAGCCUACUUCCAGUCGUGCUUCCUCUACCUUCACACCCCCUGGUCGCAAAGUCUCUGGCCCAUCCCCAGCCACGGCCUCUGGCAAGCGCCGCCGCGGUGCUGAUGAGGCUGAAGAGGCUGAAGAGCCUGAGGUGACUGGGAAUGAUGGGGAUGAGGAUGAACCCAACACUGAGGCAGCCAAAAACAAUAGGUUACGGAGAAUCUGUGAGGUGAAGCCAAGUGGUCGAUGCCAUGUAAGUGAGGAAAUCCAUCAGAGAUGGAAGAAAGGGGGUACUGACCGCUUGGCUCUUCGUGAUGAACUUGAGGCUUGUGGUUGGGACAAGGACCGCUUUGUGAGCACCAUGACCAAGCAGCGGGAAAAGAUGAACAAGACAGUGCGCACAAAAAAGAGAGGCUGGUAUACCAAGGAGAAGAUGAAGGUAAAGUUGGGCUGGUCCAAGUCCUACAUUGCUGGUGUGGUCAAGUUCUGCGAGCGCAAGGGGAAUGAAUCUCUGGUGAAGAAGGACAAGUACAACUCCGACAUCAACAAGUACCAUGUCGAGAUCGACGAGGAGGAUGAGAGCGUCGACGAGGAUUUGGAGCGGUAUGUCAAGACGUCUACGAAGGCAGCCAAUGCCCCGGUGAAGUUCAAGAAGUUGAAUCCCAAAAGGACCCGUGAGGAUUUGGUUCCUGCUGAGGGCUCUGAGCCGGAGGAAGAUGAAAAUUCACCACAGGAUGCAGAACCGGUGACGGGCAUUCAGGAGUAUGCAUCGUUGAAAAAAUUUGGUGACUCCUUGCUUUCCAAGACUACGAAGUUAAGUGAUCUAUCUGGUCAGUUGGAUGAAGCGAUCCUAGAACAUGAUCAAGACAGCCCACAUCGUGAGCGAGUCAAAAAGUCCCAAAAAAGCUUGGAGGCCGCGAUGGAAAUCCUGGAGCGUGAGUUUGAGGCCGUGGAAAAAACCAAGGUUGAAGUGGAGAAGUUAAAGGGUGGGAAGCUUGAUGAUGCAAAGGCAGCACCGUUGAUCGCCAAAAUGGAAGAUCAGAUCCAAAAGACUCAGCAAGCUUGUGCAAAGGUCACCACGGCUGAGGCUACUGCAAAGAAUGUGCUGAAGAUGCUGACGAAGUGAUCCUGCGUCCAGGAUGUGAGGGUCUGAUAUGGUGUGAUGGGAUAGCCUUUCAGCGCCAGGGCUCGCUGGUGAGCUUUCCCGUGAAAAUGUUUGGGGUAGCCUUCAAAAAAGAAGGCUAAAAAUGUUUGGAAUGGGCUAUAGAGCUCAUCAAUCGAAGUCUUUGGGUCCAGCUUGGGCCUCUGGGGAAACCAUGUGCAACGCACGUGCUUUAAACUUUCAUGGCGUCAACAUGGAUGCCGUACAUAUGGUCUGAAGAUCACAAGGUUGAAACCGCAUCGAGAAGAGUUG